CUGAACGGCGCACGCGCAGUACAACGCUAUGCGCGCGGCAAAGCGGGAAAGCAAGCCUGCUCGCCACCGCCAUUUUAUUGCGCCCUGUCUUCGACGAUGGCGUGCUGCCUUCGGACGCGACCGGCUCGUCUCCUCCUCAUCUCGGUGUUUCUGGCGGAACUGGUCGGCGCCUACAAGCUGAACGUGCCGAAGGUGUUGCUGCCCUUCAGUCGGGAGAAGCAGGUCCCUUUCGUGCUGGGCGCUGAGGGCGGCUGCUACUCCUGGUUCUCCACACGCCACGACACGGUCAGCAUUGAGCCCCUGUACGAGAAUGGCACUGUUUGCUCGCAGAAAGCUUUGCUGACCACCCGCUCUUCCCAGGCCACAAAGCUAUCCAGUGUUGUUAUAGCCGAGGAGAUAGUGACCGGGCAUUUGCUCCGUUGUGACAUCAUUGUGGACCUCAUUGCCCAUAUUGAAAUCGUCUCCCGUACUCGAGAGAUCUACGUUGAAGACUCCCCACUCGAGCUGAGUGUCCGAGCCCUGGAUGCCGAAGGGAACACGUUCAGCAGCUUGGAAGGGAUGGAAUUUGAGUGGAGCAUCGCCAAAGAUGAUGAGAUGGAAAACUUGGAAUUGUCAAGCAAAAUCAGGUUUUUAAAGUAUUCUGAAGCAGAAUAUUCUCCACCAGACUACAUGGUUGAGAUGGAAAGUGAGGAGAAGCAAGGAGAUAGGAUUCUGGUGUCGGGAAUCAGAACAGGCGCAGCCGUCAUUAAGGUCCGAAUACAGGAGCCCAUUUAUAAGAAAGUAGCAGCUGCCCUGGUGCGUCUCUUGGUUUUAGAGAACAUAUUUUUAAUGCCUUCUUAUGAUGUCUACCUGCUGGUUGGAGCCUACAUUAAGUACAAGGUUGGCAAAAUAAUUCAAGGAAAAGUCACAGAGGUCGAGCUGCCUUUGGAGCAUUACGAGCUUGAACUGCAAAAUGAAGUGAAGGACCCCGAGGGGACUCCCCUUCUCCCCGUGGCCCACCUGGAUGUGAAGACAGCUGCGGUCACUGCUGUGCAGCUGGGACAGGUCAACAUGGUCCUCAUUCAUAAAAACAUCCACAUGCGGGCUUCGUCUGGGCUUCCCAACUGCAGCAUCUACGUUGUGGAGCCUGGAUUCUUAGGUUUCAGUGUCCAUCCUGGGAACCGGUGGACCCUAGAAGUGAAGCGGGUGUACAGCAUUGCUAUCGAAGUGUAUGAUAAAUCGAGCACCAAGGUCUACCCGUCCGAUAAUCUCCGAAUUACUCACCAGUUUCCUGACGAAUAUUUUGAGGAGUUAACAUCUUCAGUGAAUGGAUCCUACCACCUAGUCCAGAUUCGGAAGGACGGUGUCACCAUGAUUAAAGCCAUGUUGGUAUCUGUUCUUCUCCAGAGCGGCUUGGAAGAUUUCUUAGCAUCCCCAAUCAGCCAUGAGCAAGAAGUGAAGAUCUACCAUCCCAUCAAGCUGACGCCCUCAUUCUUGGCCUUCCCACACCAUCCUUUAGAUGUCUUGUAUCAGUACAGGGUUCAGGUUGAGGGAGGUAGCGGCAAUUUCACGUGGACCUCUUCCAAUCAGACGGUGGCCACCGUCACUGUGAAAGGAGUGGUUACAGCAGGACAGACGGAGGGACAGAGUGCUGUGCAGGCCAGAGACGUGCAGAACCCUUUCCAUUUCGGAGCAAUACAGGUGCGUGUGCUCCGGCUCUCCAAGAUGGAGUUCCUGCCAUUUCAUGCAGACACUGAAGUGGGACAGACCUUGGAGGUUCCACUCAUGAUGUAUCACCUUGAGAAGGAUACAGGGCAGAGCGUCGCUUUCACUGACUGCUCCCUUUUACUUCUGGACAUCAGCAUGGACAAGCAAGGAGUCUUUACCUUGAGUGAAGAAGGCAAGCAGAAAGCCGGCCCAGCCUUCUGCUCCAGCGUCUAUCUGGUGGCCAAGUCUCUGGGCCAUGCCUUGGUGACAGCCCAAGCCACCAUCUUUGAGGAGUAUUUUGAAACCAGUGCCACUCUCGCUGCCUACGAACCUCUCAAGGCCGUGAAUCCCGUGGAGGUGGCUCUGGUGACCUGGCAGUCUGUGAAGGAGAUGCUGUUCGAGGGGGGACCUGGCCCGUGGGUCUUGGAGCCAUCCCGCUUCUUCCUGGAGCUCAGAGCAGAGCACAGGGACAAAGUCCACGUGGCGGAGGUUCUGUUGCCCAACAAGAGGAAGCUGCGCCAGUAUGUCUACCGGAUCACGUGCCUGGAGUUGGGGGAGCAGGUGUUCACCUUUCAGGUGGGCAAUCAUCCAGGGGUGCUGAACCCCAGCCCCGCAGUGGAGAUGGUGCAAGUGAGGUUCAUCUGUGCCCACCCUGCCAGCAUGGCUGUGACGCCUGUCUAUAAGCUGGCGGCCGGAGCGCCUCCCUGCCCCUUGCCUCAGCACCACAAGCAGCUGGUCCCCGUGUCCAGUUUGAGGAACACUGUUUUGGAGCUGGCUUUGUUUGACCAACACCGGAGGAAGUUUGACAACUUCUCCUCCCUUAUCUUGGAAUGGAUAUCGACCAGUGACACCCUUGCUCACUUCACGCACCCGAGAGCCAUGCAGAUGGUGCCGAAGGAUGACGGGACCGGGCAGACAAGGCUCCACGGGCACCAGCUCCUGGAAGUGCAUCAGAUCAAAGGGACAGUUCUGAUUACAGUCAACUUGGUGAAAUAUUCCAAGAGAGGCAGCCCGCAAGAGGUCUCUAACUCUCCUGCCUCUGCAGCUGUGGAACUACUGCUGGUUGAGGAUGUGACUGUGGAUCCGGAUAAUGUCACCAUGUACAACCAUCCAGAUGUGAAGGAAGUGUUUACCCUGGUAGAAGGCUCUGGCUACUUCCUUGUCAACAGCAGCACAGAGGAAAUGGUGAACAUCACCUACCUGGAGACAGAGAGCGCCAUUCAAGUCGUUCCUGUGCUUCCCGGUUCUUUGACCUUGGAGGUCUAUGACCUGUGCCUGGCUUUCCUGGGGCCAGCUACAGCCUACCUCCAAGUAUCCAAUAUGUACGAGCUGGAAGUGGACCUCGUCGAUAAGAUUGAGAUUGGCAAAUCCGUGCUGGUCUCCGUGCGCGUGCUGGGACAUCAUCGGCACCCUUUCUGGAGUAAAUACUUCACCUACAUGCAGCUUCAGCUGAAGGCAGCCUCCCCUAUUGUUUCCCUUACACUGAUGGAAGAAGUGGGCGACUAUUCUGAAGUCUACGUGCUCCGAGCCAUGACAGUGGGACAGACGACCUUGGUAGCCACAGCCUGGGACAAGACGGGAGUCAAAUUCACUUCUGCACCCCGGAAGGUGGAGGUCUUUCCACCAUUCAGGCUCAUUCCACAGAAAAUGACGCUCAUUCCAUACAACAUGAUGCAGGUGAUGUCAGAGGGAGGCCCACAGCCACAGUCCCUCAUUCACUUCUCCAUCAGUAAUCAGACCGUGGCCACGAUUAACGGAGUGGGGCAGGUCACUGCCAAGGCUGUGGGCACCGCCACCGUCCUGGGGACCAUCCGCGCUGUGAAUGAAGACACAGGAAAAGUCAUUGUCUUUUCACAGGAUCAAGUGGACUUGGAAGUCGUUCAGCUGAGAGCUAUCCGGAUUCACGCUCCUGCCACUAGGCUCAUGACGGGUACCAAGAUGCCUGUUUAUGUAAUCGGACUGACUAGCAUGGUGACUCCAUUCUCCUUUGGGAACGCCGACCCGGCGCUGUCAUUCCACUGGUCCAUGAGCAAACGGGAUGUUCUGGAUUUCCUUCCCAGGCACAGUGAGGUUUCCUUGCAGCUGAUUCCAGAGAGUAACUUUGCAAUGGUCUUGCACACGAGAGCAGCUGGAAGAACAAGUAUCAGAGUGACAGUGCGGAGCUCGGGCCUGCAGGCCAAGCAGUUUGAAGGAAACCUUGAUGAGCUCUCAGAUGAAGUACAAAUACUAGUGUUCGACAAACUCCAGCUGUUCUCUCCAGGGUGCCCCGCAGAACAAAUUCUGAUGUCCAUGAAUUCACAGCUCAAGUUACUUACAAACAGGGAAGGGGCGGCGUUUGUGAACGCCCAGAUCCUGCAGUGUUUCCCCAACUCCUCUGUCAUUGAGGAGCACAGGCAUGGCCUCCUCAAAGCAGGCGCGAUCACCGGCACUGCUGUGCUGGAGGUGACCUCCCUGGAGCUCUUCGGAGUCAACCAGACAGUCAUCACCGGAGUGCGGGUGGCCCCGGUGUCCUACCUGCGGUUGAGCAGCAGCCCCAAGCUCUACACAGCCAGCCGGAUGCCUCUGCAUGCCUUUCCCUUGGGCAUGGCCCUGACUCUCACGGUUCAGUUCUAUGACAGCACGGGGGAGAUCUUCCAUGCGCAGAGCAGCCAGCUCUACCUGGCCUUGAACAGAGAUGACCUGCUCCUUAUCCGCCCGAGCAACAAGAAUUACACUUACGUUGCGCAAGCUGUGAACAGGGGUGUUACCAUGCUGGGUGUCUGGGAUGAGAAGCACCCAGGCAUGGCCGAUUACAUCCCAGUCCCGGUGGAGCACGCCAUCGAGCCAGAGCUCCCCGAACCACUCGUGGUGGGCGGUGUGGUGUGCUUCAGCACGCCCCUUGUGAACCAGGAAGGGGAACCUGGGACCUGGCAAAUCACACCUAGCAACAUCCUCAAGAUGGACACAGUGAGUGGAGCAGCAUUUGCAAAGAAUGCUGGGAAAGCCACCGUUUUUCAUGAUAUCCCGGGGAUAGUGAAAACCUACAGAGAGGUCGUCGUCCGUGGGUCCUCAAAACUAAGUCUCCACCUUGGUUCCAAAAACUGCCUUACCAACACUCCAAACUCCUCUGAAUUCCAGGUUGUUGUUGCUGUGAGCAACACAACAACCCUGCGAGGGCCUUGCAGUCUGGCUCAGCGUCACGCCAUCACGGAGCUCCUCGUACCAGAAUCUCACCUGCUCUGCCAGCUGGAGUUCGGCGAGACAGUCCACGACAUCCCAGCACAUAAAAUCUUUCAUGUGCAGUCUGCAUUCUACACAGACAAAGGCCUCUACGCCUGCAUCGUGACAGUGAAGCCCCAGGCGGAGGACGACCUGCUGACCCUGAGCACCGCCGAGGGCUCGGUGCACCUGGCCGCCUCUCUUGUCGGCGAACACGGCCGGGACGGGGCAGGGAGGCUCUCUGUCCCUUUCCUGCCCGCGUUCUUCAUCAACCAGACGGAAGUCGUCUUCAGCAGCGAACAGCUGAGCAGUGACAUCUUGGUGCUGGGAGCCAGGAGAGUGGCCGAAAAAAUAGAGGCCCAGCCCAGCUCGCCGGUGAUCGCGGUGGCCCGGCCCCUGCGCCUGCCCGACGUGCCCGGACUUGUCCUGUUUUCCGUCAGCGUGGUCAACCUGACAUCUCUCCACCAGAUGGCGGCGCCCGUCUUCGUCAAUUUCUCCUGCAGCCUGACGGGCCAGAGGGCCGCCGUGCUCGUGCGGGCUUUGGAAGAAAGGCACUUGCUGGGUCCCUGUGCUGAAAUGGGCCUUAUAAAGCAGCUUGUGGGCUCCUACCAGGUCCUGCUCUUCACUGUAUUUGCUGUUCUAGCAUCCACCAUGGUCAUCUUUCUCACCUACAAUAGCUUCCUGACCAGUGUGCAGACAGUCCCCGUUGUCUACGUUCCCACGCCAGGCUCUGUACAGACAGGAUACAGUGGUCCCCCAAGCACUCAGCACCACCAUUACCAUACAAGGAACAGAACUCAGGCCUGGCUUUGGAGCGUGAGGAGAUGAAACGGUUUCAUCUUCCCUAGAAGCAGCACCGUCAGCGGCACGGAAAGAAUAAAGCGGUGAAGCUUA